AUGUCUAAAAGGGAGGAGAAGAGUGCUACGAAUGUCACCAUCGUUGAUGCUGGCGGAGACACUGCGCGUGUUCUCAAAGAAGACGAUGUGCUUCUCGCAGAGUUGGGGUACAAGAGCGAGUUUAAAAGAGAGUUCUCGCUCGUUGAGACGAUUGCUUUUGCGUUCUCCAUCAUGGGUGUGGUUGCAUCCGUGUCGUCCACAUACUCAUUUCCGCUUGAGUCAGGCGGACAUGUUGGGAUGGUGUGGGGCUGGUUCAUACCCUGCUUCUUCGUGAUGACAGUCGCAGCCUCCAUGGCGGAGAUGGUGUCUUCGAUGCCGACAAGUGCAGGAUUGUAUUACUUCUCUGCUAAACUCGCGCCUCCUAGAUGGUCCGCUCUAGCUAGCUGGAUCACCGGUUGGGCUAACAUAACGGGUCAAGUGACGUUGGUUUGUUCCAUUGACUUCACAUGUGCGCAGAUGAUCACAUCUGCAAUAACCGUAGGUUCUGAUGGUACAGUCGUUCCAAGUGAUGGGGCAACAUAUGGCAUUCUGCUCGCCAUCUUGUUUAGUCAUGGGAUCGUAUGCUCCGCCGCAACUCGUGUCUUGGCUAGACUUAACUUGUUCUAUGUCAUCGUCAAUGGUGAGGGCGACGAAACAGUUGGAACAACGAUAGCCGCUAUCGCCUCACUGCUGGUAUACUCGGGGGACAACAGGGUUUCGACUCGUGAUGCGUUCACUCUAUUCCAAAACAAUACAGGGUGGUCGAAUAACGGCUGGGCGUUCUUGCUGGCUUUUACUGCUCCGAUGUGGACUCUUACCGGCUACGACUCGGCAGCUCACAUAUCAGAAGAAGUCUCCAACGCCCAAUACACGGCACCUAUUGCGAUCCUAGUUGGUGUCUUUGGUACUCAGGCCCUUGGAUGGUUGCUCUUUAUCGCUGCGUCUUUCGCCACAAGCUCUGUCACCGAUAUCCUCGGGACUGAUUUACCCCUGCCGAUGGGCCAGCUUUUCCUCAACGUGCUUGGGAAACGAGGCAUGCUCGCAAUAUGGAGCUUUAUCAUUGUGGUUCAGUACGUCACUGGCGCAGCACAGGGCGUCGACGCAUCGCGUGUCGUCUUCGCUUUCGCGCGAGAUAACGCACUCCCCGGAUCACGCUGGUGGAAGAAGGUCAAUCCCCACACGCUUACUCCUGUGAAUGCCGUAUGGUUUGUGAUGAUUGGAGCGGCGGUGUGUGGCUUGCUCGGUUUCUCUGCUGCGGCCCUUUCUUCCCUCGCCGGGGCUGCUGUAAUUGGGUUGUAUGUCUCAUAUGCAACGCCCAUUUUCCUACGCAUUACCUCGGGACGAAAUAAGCUAGUCCCUGGAACGUUCACUCUUGGGCGAUGGUACAUGCCCAUCGGCAUCGUCGCGGUCUCUUGGGUGACGUUCAUUGUGAUUCUGCUGCUUUUUCCUCCGUCCCAGGCGCCGACUGCCCCAUCGAUGAAUUACGCCGUGGUCCUCAUUAUGGGCGUAUUCAUUUUCGCUUCCAUUUCUUGGGUGCUCUCUGCCCACAAAUGGUUCCACGGACCAAUUUCAAAUGUCCACGAUGGUGUGGUCGAGAAGGAGCUGUAG